UAAAAAUUGCUUCUCUCUGCUCUCAGUAAGCCUGUCAGUCUGCUUGUACACUAACACACUGCAGUGCCAGCCACCCCAGUGCCCCAGUUUAGUGCCCCAGUGUCCCUGAUCACUGCCCCACAAUAACAAUAAUAAAUAAUGCCACCUGUCCCAGUGCACACAAAACACCCCCAUACACCAUACCAAUGUCCUGAUCACCGCCAUACCCCAAACCACCACCCUGAUCACUGCCAUAUGCCUACCAGCACCCUGAUCACCUCCAUACACCAUACCAACAUUCUGAUCACCACCAUACCCCAUACCAGCAUCCUGAUCACCAAC